AUGAAUAGGGACAAUUGCAACCUCAAGUCCGAGGUCAUUGCUCAUUUCAUCAAGGCACAAAUUGCGAUAUCACCAGAAUUGCCUAUUGCUACCAUAAUUGAGGUCGUGAAGGAGAAGUUUCAAUUCACUAUAUCAUAUAAGAAAGCGUGGCUUACAAGGACGAAAGCAGUUGCAAUGGUGUUUGGUGACUGGGAUGAGUCGUACCGAAGGUUGCCUGGAUAUAUGGCUGCAUUGCAGGCAUUCAAUCCAGGCACAGUUGUCAUGUGGGACAUGAUUCCGAAUUUGCACUCUACCUCAAUCGGAACUGAAAUGUACAUGAACUAUGUGUUCUGGGCAUUUAAACCUGCAAUAGAAAGCUUCAAGUAUUGUCGUCUAGUGAUAUGCAUUGACGGCACACACUUGUACGGGAAAUACGAAGGGAAGAUUGUUGAGGCCACUGCAGUGACUGUUGCGGACAAGAUUGUACCUCUUGCCUUUGCCGUUGUUAACAAUGAGAUGAUUGAGAGUUGGGGUUGGUUCAUUACUCUACUUAGGCGACAUGUGUGCCAUGACCGAGAGAGGGUGACAUUGAUAUCUAAUCGACACACAGCUUUGCUUAGUGUCGUGUCAAGAAUUUGGGACAAUCCAGCAGUUCAACCAAAAGGGUACCAUAGGUAUUGCUUACAACACGUAUGUAGCAAUUUCAAUGACAGAUUUGGCAAUACAAUAGCGAAGGAUCUUGUGUGGAGAGCUGGUUCUGCACGGCAAGUGCGGAAGUUUAACAAGAUUAUGGACGAUAUCUACAAGCUCAAGAAGAAUGUUGAACGUAUCAGUUGA